GUUUCUUGUGCUCAAAAACAACCAGUACCACAGAUGAGAUGAGAGCUCUCAAUAAAAGAAUCUUACUCAUUUUUCUCUCAACGAUAGUUUUGUGAUAGAUUUGUAAUAGACAAAUUCUAUAUAUACCACCCUACUUAUCAACAGUCGACACCGAAUGCUACAACGGCAGCAACAAUAGCAGAAGAAUUGGUAAUGUUGGAUGACAAUAUACAUCGUCGCAGUCAUAACAGCAGCAGCAGCAGCAGCAGCAGUCAUAGUACUUCGAAUGAUGAAGAAGAAUACGGAAAUCAGAAAAAUACACUUAUUUUAUGUGAAAAGGAUUACUAUCAGCACAGUCAAUUGAAAUGUCAUCAAUGUAACGAAGCUAUCAAUAAUGAUGAUUAUGUUGUACUCAGUGCCUAUAAAUACCAUAAAAAUUGUUUGCAAUGCAUUGGAUGUACUAUCACUAAGAAUAAUAGUCGUAGUAAUAUGGCCAGUCAUGAAAAUGGAAACAGCAACAGCAGCAGUAGUAAUAGAAGUGGCAUUGAAACUAGUUUGCAUGAAGCUGUGGGAUUAAAUCAACAACGGAAACAAGUUAUGUCAACAAAAGAAAUAUAUGAUUAUGACGGAAGACCUUAUUGUCGGUAUCAUUUCUCACUUAUCAAAGGUAUAGAAUGUGCUGGUUGCGGACAAACCAUUCUACAUCAUAAUAAAGGAAGGGAAGGCGGCCCGAAAUGGCAUUCCGAAUGCUAUAUGAUACAGAAGUAUUGGCAUGUAAGAUUGAUAGAAUUAGAAGAUAGUAAUGAUUCACAACAAGGUAAGCUAUUCAUAUUUACAUGAAUUUACACACACUGCUAAUACUGUGAUUCUCUCAAACAGUUGAAUGCAAAACUAAGGAGGCUCUCAUUUCGAAACAAUAUGAG